AUGGGUGUAGUUACUCCAAGAUGUAUUAUUGUGAGACAUGGUCAAACCGCAUGGUCCAAAUCAGGCCAAUAUACAGGUUCCACCGAUAUUCCAUUGACUGAAUUCGGUGUGCAACAAAUGUUGAAGACUGGUGAGUCAUUGUUUAGAAACAAUCAAUUCUUGAACCCUGAUCAUAUUACUUAUAUCUUCACGUCUCCAAGAACUCGUGCUAGACAGACUAUCGAAUUGGUGUUGAAGCCAUUAACCGAGGAACAAAGAUCCAAGAUUAGAGUCAUUGUGGAUGAAGAUAUUAGAGAAUGGGAAUACGGUGAUUAUGAAGGGUUAUUGACUCAUGAAAUCAUCAAGUUGAGAAAAUCAAGAGGGUUAGACGUGGAAAAGCCAUGGAAUAUCUGGAGAGAUGGUUGUGAAAAUGGUGAGACUACUCAAGAAUUUGGGUUGAGAUUAUCUAGAGCCAUUGCCAGAAUUCAAAAUUUACAUAGAAAGCAUCAAAAGGAAGGUAUUCCCUCUGACAUUAUGGUUUUUGCGCACGGACAUGCAUUACGUUAUUUUGCAGCCCUUUGGUUCAAGUUAGGUGUUGAGAAGAAGUGUGAAGAGGAUUGGGAGUUGAGUGAUUUGGAAUCUUAUGAAGAUGAAACAGUUCCAUAUGUUAAAUUGGAGAAAUAUAGACAUUUGAUUGAUAAUCCAAAUUUCUUAUUGGAUGCCGGUGGUAUUGGUGUUCUUUCAUACUCUCAUCAUAAUAUUGAUGAACCUGCACUUGCUCUUGCAGGGCCUUACUUGACUCCAGCAGAAGAGGAAUCAUAUCACGAACCGGGAAACUAG